GCAUGAAAUAAUAUCCUUCUUGUUUUUGGUACAAAUAAAAUCGAAUCGAAAUUACUAUGCCAACAAUAAACUAUGAAUAAAUCUAAAUCGGGAUGUACUUAUCGAUAGAAGUUAUUUGUAUUGGAAUAAGUUUUGAAAACGGACGGUUUUGAAUAUCGAGACUCGGGAAUCGGGAUAUUAAGCAUUCGACUUGGAUUUAUGCUGCUCAGUUGAAAGAGUUAUUCGAAAGAAUCAGGACGAAAGUUAUUGGAAAUUCCUCGGUUUCAUUUAGAAAAAAAAAAACAAAUUCUUAAGCAUGUCGCAUGUGGGCUAUAAAGAGAACUACAAAUCAGCAUGCCCUUCUUCCGGUACUGAUCACCCUAAGUUACCAUUUUCAAGAAACAGACAUCGAACGGGGACAUCCGACAAUAAUCCAGGAUCUAGUGCACAACAACCCUCGAGCUUAACCCCUAGGAUGUCGAGUCCAACGCCAACCGAAACAAACACUCUGUUGCGCCAAAAUCAAGAGCUGCGUCAACGUUUGCAGGAAGAAGCUAGUAGCUAUCGUCGACGUAUUGACACCUAUAAGCAAGCACAGCAAAACCAAGCAGCAUUGGUGUCUCGACUGCAAUCGAAGGUGCAGCAGUAUCGUCAGAGAUGUUCGGAUUUGGAGGGAAGAAUGCACGAUACCAUCAAGCCAGUCCCAACAUCGAUGAGCUAUAGUAGUGCCCCUCAGAUUACAACUGGACCUAUUUCGAGUGUAGGAAUUUGUCCUAACACUCCGAUAACCAUGGGUCAAUCAAGUUUGCCAUGUUCUUCAUCAUUGGACUCACCACCUACACCUCCAUGCAUGAGAGAUUGUGCUCAUCAUGACGAUGGCAGUGACAUAUGCCGAAAACUCGAGGAAGAACAUAACAAAUGCGAACACAUUAUGCAACAGAACAGUGCUUUGAGACAACAACUUGAGGAAUCCAAUAAAACCAAUGAGGCCCUGACGAAUGACUUGCAGAAGCUAACAAACGAUUGGUCUAAUUUAAGAGACGAACUAAUGGCCAAAGAAGAUGAAUACAAGGAAGAAGAGCAGGCUUUUAAGGACUACUAUAAUUCCGAACAUAAUCGUUUGUUGAAAAUGUGGCGAGAAGUUGUUGACGUGAAACGUUCCUUCAAGGACAUGCAGAUGGCAAUGAAAACCGAAGUCGGCAAAAUGGGAACUGAAAUUUCUACGAUUAGCAAAGAUCUGUCGAGCGCCUGUAGUGGUGUUGAUUUCAAUGCGAAACAAGUUGCUCGAGCAAGCGCUGAGCAAUUGCAAAAAUCACAACGUGAAGCCUCCGAUCUCAAAUCCCAGUUAGCCACAUUGAAAGUUCAAUAUGAAGGUGCAAAACAUGAACUAAAUGAACGUGAUCAUCGUCUUCAGGAUUUGAUGCAACAACUUAAGAAACUUGAAGAUCGCUGUUCCCAAGCUGAAUCACAAGCUAUGCAAACGAAUCGUAUGAACGAUGAGAUCGAGCGUUUGAACAAUGCAAUUCGUGAAAUAGCUCAAGCUGUGGUUCAAGAUGCCGAAACUGUUGUCGACGUGGAAGACAAUGGAUCGGCCCAGCAUUUGCAUCUGAGCCAACAGUCAGUUAUGGGAGGACCCCCGAUGAAGUCUCCUCGGAGAGGAUCAACAAGAACUUCGCAUGCAUUUGCCGAAGGAACUAUUUCUGCAGUACAAGCUGCAUUGCAUAAAUACCAACUGGCUUUGCACGACCUUCAAGUGAAGUAUCAAAAUUGUAAUGAUAAUCUACAAACAACGAAAAAUCAACUCGAGGCUAGCGAGAAUACGAGGAAUAUCUUAGCUUCGAAAGUGUCACAGUUGACAGAAAAAUUGGAUAGUAGCAACUCUCAACUUUCGGAACUCUUCAAGGAGCGUGAGAGUCUUCAGAAGUCUUUGGAUGGGACACGAGGUGAUAAGAUGAAUGUAGAACGAGGAAGAGCAGAGUUAAAUAAUGCAUUUGAAAAUCUAAGCAAUGACUACGAGAAACUUCAACUUAACUAUGGUAAACUUCAGAAAAGAAUUGAUAGCUUAGAAGAAGACAAAAAAGCUGUGGAGCUUGAGAUUCAAAGAAUUCUUAAGGACAAAGAUAUAACCGAAAUGAACUUAAGAUCCGAAGAAGAUCGUGGCAGUCGUCUUCGAGAGGAAACCAUUUCUCUGAGAGAGGAGCUCAACAGACUUAGCCUCAACAGGGACUUACUCGAACAGCAACGCAUCGAAACAGACAGCGUUAUCUGUAUGAUGGAAAAACAAAGAAACGACCUGGAGUAUGACUUGGAAAAAUUGCUCCUUGAGAAGUGUGAAUUGCAGGAGAAAUUUGAAAAAGUCUCCUCCAAUAGUUUCACGGACAAAGAAGAAGUUAAGACUCUGCAAGAUCAUUUAACCGAAUCCGAAGAAGAUAGGAAGAAACUACGUAGUCAGUGUAGUGAGCAAGCAAACGAAUUGUCUGUUAUUAAAAAAGAAUUAAAUGUUAUCGAAAAGAACCGCCUUGACUUGGAGACCGAAAAUCUCUCACUUCGUGAGAAACUUAAGUUCCUACAUAUGGAGAAAGAAAAGAUUCAACAAGAUUUGGCUUGCAUUACUCGUGAUCGUGGGGACAUUCACAACCAGCUCACUGCCACAAACCGAAAGAAAGAAUGUCUCAAUGAAGAGUUGAUGCGUACUCGACAACGUUUAGAACAGGCCAACGAAACCAACAGUCGACUGAAUAGAAAUUUGGAAGAAAUGGUUAAGGAAAGCGAGGAACGACAGGUUGUCAUUGAAAUGCAUGAGAAGGACCUCCAAAGGCUUCAGGAACUUCUAGCAUCCCUUCGCACUGAAAAGGAAUCCCUAGAAGCAGUUCUGUUUGAUACAAAUACCACCCUAGAAGCAACAGUUGAAAAACGAAAUCAACUCGAGCGUGAUCUGCAGGAGGUAUUGGUUAAAGAGGAAACCCUUAAGAAUACUGUUGCCCGAUUAACUAAGGAUUUGGAGAAUUGUCAACGACGUGCCCAAGAAAUGAAGAAUCAACUUACAAAUGCUGCACGGGCCCAAGAAAGCGAGUUCUUGCAGAAGAUUGCAAAGCUCAAGGCUUCUGGAGACGAAAAUAAUAAAAAGUACGCAGAAGAAAACCAGCAAAUUCGUAAUGCCUUGGAGAAACGAAUGCAACAAGCCUUGCAAGCUUUAGAACAGGCUAAAGAUGACGAAAUAUUUAAGCUGCAAGAGCACGUUGAAUCUCUUCAGGCUAAUAUCGAGAAAUUGAUGCAGCAGCAAGAAGAUGCCAUGAUUCGGGCUGAAAAUGAAAAGCAACAAGCUUUGCUAAUGGCCCAUCGUGACAAACAAGCCAUUGCUGAAAAGCUGGAAGGCGUAACCCGAGAUUUGAAGGCUGAACAAGAUGCCUUGGAUCGCAAUAGGCGCGAAUUUGUAGCGAGAGAUGAAAAACAUCGGAAUAUUAUAGCUCAGUUGAAGGACGAAAUUGCUGGUAUAAGAACGAAAGAGGAAGAGAAUAAAAUGAGGUUAGAAGAAGAAAUCAAGAAGUUAGAAAUUUCCUUAACAUCUAUCAAAGAAGAAAGAGAUUCACUUGGGAGAUUAAGCGAGGAGUUAAAAAUGGAAGUUCGCUUGAGGGAAGAUAAAAUCGAUGGACUUAAUGCAAAUCUACAGGAAACAUUACGGAAAAUAAAAGAAGGAGACGGACAAACCGAAUGCCUCCGAAAAGAACUUACAGAUAACCGGCGAGCCCUCGCUGAUAGUAACAUCGAACGCGAUAAGUAUGCCAAUAGUAAUAAAGAACUUAGAGACCAUGUUAAACGAGUAGAAGGUGCCAAACGGGAACAAGCACGAGCUAUUGAAGAUGCAUUGCAGAAAAUUGCUAACCUUGAGGACAGCAAAAAUACUCUUGAAAACGAGCGUACUAGACUCAGCACUCUUCUAAAGGAAACCGAAAACAAUUUAACUAAAUCAAGUCAGGAGUUAGUUUCGACGAGAAGCACUCUACAGAAAGUUCAAAUCGAAUGUUCACAAAAGAACGAUGGCGAGAAGGAUUUACAAAACAAAUUAACCGCAGAAACAGAAGCCAAAGAGCGUGUAUCCCAAGAGUUGGAACAAGUGAAAAAACAGCUUGCCGAUUUAGAAACAAAUUUAUGUGCAACCCGCCAAGAACUCGGACGCCUUCGAUGUCAUGCUGGCCAAGAGGAGCAUAGAUUCCACAAUCGUGAACAAGAACUCGUAGCAAGAUUAGACGAGGGUCGAUGCAGAGAGAAACGUAUCGAAGAUCAAAAACACAAUUUGGAAGUUUGCCUAGCCGAUGCUACUCAGCAAAUUCAAGAGCUUAAAGCUCGACUUGGUGGUGCCGAGGGAAGAAUACGAGCAUUGGACGAACAGCUAUGCAAUUGUGAAGCACACAAGCGUGACGCUGAACAAAGACUUAGUUCCAUUGCACAUACCCUGCGUCGUAUUGCUGGCAUCCAAUUCGAUGGUACUGUUAGUCUAUCACAUCGAUUGGUGAGUCCUUCACGUCGGUAUAGUCCAGUUCGCAGCGGAUGUCAUGAUUUUGAGACUCGCAGUACUUCAAAUUGUCCAGAUGGUCCAAUAAUCGAGGUAGAUCCUGACUUGGUUCGCAAAGGCGUCCGUAAUCUGAUGCAUCAAGUGGCCCAAAUCGAACGCGAAAAAGACGACUUCAAAGCCCAACUGAACACCACCAAAAAACAACUGCAAGAUGCUGCCGAUCAACAGGUUAAAUGUGACGCAAAAGUCUCGAAACUUCAUCAAGUCUUACGACAUCUGCAAGAGGAGAAAAGCAAUUUAGAAAGUCAAUUGAGCAUAAAGUCAGCUACCUUGCAAUCGACGGAAGAUUCACUACGCCAGAAGACCGACGAAUGUCAACUGCUUCGGGAAAAACUGGCAAGCUUAGAGAUGCAGCUCGGAGCCGGUGCUGAGGAGAAUAGUCAAACAGAGGAGCGUUUAGAAAAAUGCCGUCAGCACGGCGCCAAACUUGAGACUGAAAAGCGUCAACUACAAGAAGAACUAGCCAAAAUCGAGAGCAGAGCUUCUAAGCUCGAUCUGCAACGUGUUGCAAUGGAAGGUGACAUUACCCGUUUACAAAUGAUUCUACAAGAGAAGGACUCAACUAUUCGUCAAUUGCAAGAGCGUUUGGAAAACCAAAACCGUUCUUCAGCUCAGCUAGAAGAUCGCUGUGCAUCGCUUAAAUCGACUGUAGAUCAGCUUAAAGAUCGGCUACAAAAAACUGCCCUAACAGAGACUGAAUUACGUGGCGAAAUAAAGACCCUCACUAAAGAACUUUCCGAACAAGGUCAUACGUCACAAUCGAAUCAAGAAAAAAUGAAGAUGCUUCAAAAGAGCCUACAAACUAUAGAGAAUGAAAAACGAAUUUUAGCGGAACGCUUAGAAAAUGCUCAAGGCAACGUGAACGAACUUCGACGAAAUCAGCAGGCACAGCUUGAUUCAGUGCAGAGACUUCAGGAACAGGUAACCGAAUUGGAAGUUCAACGUUCAGCUCUUGAGUCACAGCUUCGAAUAGCCAAAUGGAAAGAAGAGUCGGGCGAUAAUAAGGGUGGAGAAAUGAUGGACACUUACAACGAAGAGAAUGAGCUUAGCCGACAACUUAAAUCAUCGCAGAGGGAAAAGACAGAGCUUCGAGGAAAACUUCAAUCCCUGAAAGAUAAGGUCAAACAGUUGGAAGGUGAGCGACAAAGUAAGUUUUCGGGAGGUGCCGCUAAUUUCGACCGAUCUGAAAAGAGCUAUUACGACGCUGGGGACUACGAUUCGAAUCGUAUGGAAAACGACAACUACAUGAAAUCCACUGCUUAUAGUUGCGGUUUGGAUCACGCUGUCAUCGAACAGGAGUCGCGUGAUUUACGCCUGAAGGUUCGACGCUUAGAGACUCUACUCGCCGAAAAGGAAUCCGAAUUGGCAAGAGUCAAGGCCAGAGUUCAUGAUAGUGGCAAAUGUCUAGACGGCGACUCGGAGAGAUAUCGCAGUGCACAACUUCAUGCAGAAAAAUUGCUAGACGCUCGUGAGCAGGCACACCGUCAGCAAGUUCUUAGACUUGAAAAUCAGAUUUCAAUGUUGAGAGAACAACUUGCACAGGAAGCCAAGCGACGUCAGCAGUAUAUUCUGCGCAGUUCUCGGGCGAACAGAGAAAUGCAGCAUUUGCGGAGUACCCUAGGAGAUUCUUUGAGGCAUGUCUCACAACACCCACUGGACCCGAAUUUACUUGAGAGUGAAACACGACGCUUGGACAAUGCUGUUUCAAUGAGUUUACCACCAUCUUCGUGCCGUGAUCGCGAAUACGAACGCAGUUUAAGUCCUCAUAAAUAAAUAUGAAACUAUUCGUUCGUCGCGAAGUCUUAAGAAUUUAUAGUAAUUUAAAAUGUCAUAUCACUUGAAGCACUGCCAUUUAUACAACAAACAAAUUAUUAACGUUUUAGAAUGUUGAAAGUAGUUUUACCAUGGAUUUAGUGUACAUAUAGAUUUUUAUGAUUCUAAUUUGGUCACUUUGUGGAUGAUAAAUUACGAAGUUUCGACGGAGCUAAGUUUAAGUACAAAGUAUUCCAAUUCCAAAAUUAACUUUGACUCGAUGCGAUUCAUUCGAGGAUAUUGUGCCCAAACGAUGUUUUUUUAGUUUUUGAUAAUGCGACCCAAAGAAAUGCAUUUACCAUGAAUAUCUUAUUCCAUUAGUCUUAAGUCAUUUCAAUAUUUAUUCACCUAGUCAUCACAAGUAUUUACAAAAACAUUUAUACCUAAUAUACUCAGCAGAAAUGUUUUUAACAUUUUUUUU